CUCAGCUGUCUACCCCAUAUUCAAAUACGAUUGCCUCAUCCCCUUCCUUCCUCAUACUAUUAAAAUUAUUAUUAUUAUUAUUAUUAUUAUAGCAUGUCAAAACCGCCAACAAUACUAUUUAAAAAGCUUGUUAAUCUAUAUAAAGUAUCUCGUUUUCCUUGGAAAAAGCAUGCAUUGAUUGGCUUUGAUCUUCAAGGAAAUGAAUAUUGGGAUUGUCCUAAUCCAUUAGGUGGUAGGCCAAAGCGUUGGGUACAAAUGGUUGAUGGAACAGAAAAUGAUUUGACAGUGUUUCAUCAAAAUAAGUUACCAGUUCAAUGGCAAUCAUGGCUACGACAUACUCGAAAUAUAGCACCUACUCUAGAAGAACUUGUCUUAGAAGAGCGAAGGAGAGCUAUUAUUCAAGGAAGAGUGAAGACUUUAGAGCAGGAAAGAGAGCAGCGUAAACUCGAAUUACAAAAAAUAAAUGAAAUUGAGAGUAAAGAGUUAGAACGAUUAUCGGUAAUAAAAGAAGAAGCAAAUGAUAAAAAGGAACAACAAACAUCAAACUCAACACAACCAACUGGGCAAGGUGAUACGUUUUCACCUGGUGAAUGGAAUCCUGUUAGUUCUAGAAGAUAAUUUGUAAAAUUUGUAUAUGUAAUAUAUAAUAAAAAGUCACUCAUGUACGAUACUGAAAAAAAA